GCUCAUAUGUGUAUGAGUUUGAAAGAAAAAAAGAAUGAAUAAUUUAUUGUAAAAAUUAGUCACCCCACAUGGUCUCCACCUCAUUGCCGUCUCUCUUAUAUUCACCACCACGCACUCAUUCUUCAUUUCUCUAUUAUCUCUUCUGUUCUAUUCUCUCUCCCUAGCUGAGUCACUCACUCAUUUCGAUAUUCCGAUUCUCUCCGAGUCAAUUUUCUUCUAGAAUUAUCGAUCGAUUCAACGAUGUCUUCUGCUUCAACCACCGCAGACUCCGCCGAAUUCAUGCUCUUCGGAGUUAGAGUCGUCGUUGAUUCUAUGAGAAAGAGUGUCAGUAUGAACAAUCUCUCACAAUACGAACAACAACCUCAAGACAACAUCAUCAUCAAGGAUGAUAAUAUCAACAAAGACGUUAUCACCGCCGGUUACGCCUCCGCCGAUGACGCCGUUCCUCAAAACUCCGCCAGAAACCGCGACCGCGAACGUAAACGAGGGAUUCCGUGGACGGAGGAAGAGCAUAAGUUGUUCUUGGUUGGAUUGCAGAAAGUUGGAAAAGGUGAUUGGAGAGGAAUCUCAAGGAACUAUGUGAAAACAAGAACACCUACGCAGGUUGCAAGUCAUGCUCAAAAGUACUUUCUCCGCCGAAGUAAUCUCAAUCGCCGUCGCCGUAGAUCCAGUCUCUUUGAUAUCACCACCGACACGGUAUCUGCAAUUCCAAUGGAGGAAGAACAGGUCAAGAAUCAAGAUAGUGUUUCCCAGUUACAGCCACUGUGCCCUGCAGUCCCUGAAACUAGAAAAAUCAAUGGAUUUCCUUUUAUGUCAGUAUAUGAGUUGGGUGUUAAUGAGAGUACUCCAAUGGAAGAACUCACUCUUGGACAAGGAAAUGUGAAACACAAUUUUCAAACCAACAGUCUAUUCAAUCCAAUUCCUUUUGUUGUUUCAGAUCCCAAAGCUUCCAUUGUGUCUGAUAUCACCUCUAGUUCAUCCAUUGACCCUCCAACACUUUCCCUCGGUCUUUCCUUCUCGUCCGAUCAAAGGAAGACAUCAUCAACACAUUUACAUGCAAUGCCAUGUUUCAAAAAUGGAGAUAAUAUCAUAAGUGUUGCUUAAAAAAAUGGUUUAUGAUGAUUACUAUAGUCCAUAUAUUGACCAUCUUGGACUCAAAAGGUUACAGAUAUAUUUAUUAUCUAUAGUCUCCUAACUCCUAUCUUUUUGGUGGGAGAAGAGAAAGACCUUGAAGGAAAAGGGCGAUGGAUUCAGAGAAACAAAAGCUUAGGUUUACUAAAUUUGAUCCUUCUGUUCCUUGUACAGACCGGGAAAGGUCCUGUUCAGUUUCUUCUUGUUUUAUUUAUGUUAAUUAAUGUCAUGACUUUAGAUUCUUGUUUAUUUUGGUCGUUUAUGUUUGUAGUUGAUGUAACUGAAAAAUAACAAAGUAGUCUCUGUUCAUUGCUGAUAACGUUGGAUGUGGACUACACAGAUGAAUGGUUGGUUUGUGGCUCUUUUGGGGAUAAUAUCAAGUUGGGUUCAAACAUUGUUCUUGUUAAAAAUUCAAAUCGGACUGUACUGCUUGUCUGCUUA